AAUCGAACCACUAUUUCUUGCCACUCACCAUGAAUCGCUUUACACGUCCUUUGGCACGAUUGACCUUUGUCUCCCCGGCUGUCAUUUCUUCACGAUCCUUUGCCACGGCCUCUGCCACAGUGGCUAAACAUCGCUGGCCAUCCGCCGCCCGGGUAGGUGCUUGGGCCGUUUUGGGAUUGGGUUUCGGCAGUGCUUAUUAUGCCUGGCAAACACAACAUUCUGUGGUUCUUUCCGAAGCUGCCACCGCUUACGCUGGCACGGUAGAAGAUCCUGAGACAAAGCUUGCAUUUCCCAUCAACUUGCAGACCGGCUCUGAAUGGAAACGUCUUAUUGGUUUGGGGGCCCGACAAGUGAGUUUCAUGAACCUUAAUGUCUACGUUCUCGGAUUGUAUAUGCGAGGCGAGGAUAUUGGCGCAUUGCGACAGGUUGAAGGCUGGAAGGAUUUCGAUAAACGCGAGUUCUUGGGAGACGAGAAACUGGCCUUGGCAUUGCUGCAUCAGCCGAUGGAUGUCAGUAUUCGUAUUGUUCCUGUUCGAGCCACGAAUACCCAACAUUUACGUGAUGGAUUUACCCGAGCGUUGUUGCAACGUAUGCGAGAACAGAACGCCGACUGGACCGAGGAUCAGGAGAUGGAUGUGAUUAAAGGCAUUCAAGAAUUCAAGACCAUUUUUAUCAACGCCAAAGUGAAAAGCAAUACAGAGUUUGUAUUUACAAAGACGAGGGAAGGUGGACUUAAAAUGGAGUUCGAGGGAAAGGAUUUGGGCACGGUUAACAACAAGUGGGUCGCUAUUAACUUUUUUAUGGGAUAUUUGAAUCCCAAGGCGCCUGCGAGUGAGCUGGCUCGACAAGAUAUUGCGAAAGGAUUCGAGAAACUAAUGGUAUCAGAAAAUGAAGACAAAGAAAAGAAAUAGCAUACAUGAAUGAACCUUUCACUUUUUUAGCAAAAUGAAUGCUCGAGACAGUUAUAUAGGGAA